AUGGACUUCCGAAUCUUCAGGAAAUCAAAGAGUGCCGGCGACGUCGCUGACCUGGCCUCCAACGAUAUAAUCCCCGUGCGCCGCAUCACCUCAAACAGCAUGGCCUACGCGCUGGCUGCCCAGCAGAAACGGCCCGAGGUGGACAUGGCGACCGUCUGGAAAUCCAUCGACGCGCCCCGGUCGACGCUCAAGAUCGAUAACUCCACUUUCUUCCUUCCAGCAGGUCCCAUGGCCGACGACAAGUUCUGGAUGGUCUUGGCCAACGGUGACAUCGGCAUGGUGACCAAGAACGGCUUCGUUGUAGAGGACAGCGGGGUGAAGUACCAUGUUAAGAGAAAGGACCGAAGCAAUGGCUUCACCUUCCAUUGCGGGACCCUGACCAUCAUCCUCCAUCCGUCCAAGUCGCUCCGUCGAUGCUUCAUCGGGCACGGGGCCAUGGCCGAGAAGCGAAUCAUCAUGAGGCUCCAGGCGGACUGUCAGUAUGCGGCCGACAAGGUCACGAACUGCAUGGCCAGCAUGCUGUGGUACAACGUGCAGUCGCACGGCAGCAUGCAGUGGCGGACGGAGACGAACAUCGCAGACGACCUGGAAAAGGCAGCGCAGGCUUUGAGCGAGCUUGUCGAUUUCGCCGCCCGGUUCAUCAAGGUGAUGAGGAGGCAGUAUCAAGGCGAUGGCAGGGAGGAGACGAUGCCCGCGGCGUACAAGAAUGCUCUCAAGCUGCUGGUGCUGGCGAAGUGGUACCGCAUCCACCGCGCCCUCAACUCUGUCCAGUGCAUGGAGAAGGCUUUUCGGCGAUCAGUCGACCGGUCGGCUCACCCGGCGGCCCAGCACCGAUCCGACAACUUCAUCCAGUCCAAUCUGCUCGGCAUGCUGGGGUGGGGGCUCGCACCCGGGAGCAUGGGCUCGCAACGAGACGUACUACAAGAUGUGUUGACCACGCUAGAGGUUCUUGGUACCACCGACUGGGGCCUCUUUGAGGAGAAGGACGUGAGGGCAAGGAUGGAGCAAACGGCAACUACAGUCAGGAUCGUCAAAGAGGCCAGCUUCACCAUUUGGACGCAACAAAAAAUUAUGAGGUUUCUGCGACACCGGCCGCUGCGUGGACUUGAUCCGGCCGAGGUGCGCUUGGCAGGUCAAGAAUCGAGAAGCGAGGAAAGCAUACACCCCUCUCACUUGCGGAUGCUAAAGGUUCUGCCAUGGGUCAAGAAUUUCGACGCCGGCGGUCGUGUGCCUAUCCUGAGGCUUGCGGCCCUGGAUUGA